ACACUUACCCGAAUAGACGGCAUCAGAAGAGAAAAAACAAAGAAAAUCCAGAAAAUAUGGAAUUUUACUACUUUAGUCUAAGCCCUUUAAGCAGAAGUGUUCUUUUUACAGCUAAAAUUUUAGACGUAAAACUGAACUUGAAGGUUGUAAACCUUUUAAAGGGAGAACAAAAAAAUGAGGAAUACGCCAAGAUAAAUCCUCAUUCUAAAGUUCCUACUCUUGUUGAUGGAGAUUUCGUACUGUCCGAAUCAAGAGCAAUCAUCACCUAUCUCUUUAACAAGCAUGGAAAAUCAAAGGAUGAUUAUCUCUAUCCUAAAGAAUUGAAGAAGAGAGCCAAAGUUGAUCAAUUCCUUUACUAUACUGCAUCUGCAGUUGGUCCAGCUCUUCUUGACUAUUUUGGAGUAGUUUUCGCUGGACAGAGACAACCAACAGAGGAAGAGAAAAGCAAGUUCGAAGGAGUAUUGGCUGACCUUGAUCGUAUUUACUUUCAGAAUUCUAGUUUUAUUUUUGGUGAUAAGCCAACGUUGGCUGAUUUGGAUUUGGCAGCAGUUCUACAACAGAUGGAAUUGAUCAAAGUCGAUUAUUCAAAAUAUCCAAGAAUUUCUAAAUUUCUGAAUGCAGCUAAAAAAUCAGAGUUUUUUAAAGCUGGUCAACAAGAAUUUAAGCAAAUUACCGAAGCUCUGCUAAAACGUUAACUUUAAAUUCUUUUCUGUAUUUCUGAAUUCAAUAAUUUGUCCUCUCUAUUAUUUGUGUUUAUCUUAAGGAAAUAAAGCAAACAGUGUGCUAGUUG